AUUUCAUAAUUGACAAGGCUAAAUUAAAUUUCACUGAAAUUGAAAACACUUAUUUUAGUUCAUUUGAAGAAUUAGAGUUCAUUGGUAAAGGAUUAUAUGGUUACGUGUGCAAAGUGAGAAAUAAAAGCACCAAUGACAUAUAUGCCAUUAAAAUGAUUGAACUGACAGGUUUAAAUUAUGAUACAACGAAACAAUUACUUAAUGAGCUUGGAAAAUUAAAACAAAUUACCUCGGAUUAUAUAAUAGAAUUGAAUGACUUGUGGUUGGAGUCCAAAAUCAUUUACAUACGAAUGGAGUAUUCUGAGCGAAAUCUUAGAGAUUUUAUUUAUCAAAAACAACAGGAAUCCGGUCGACAACCGGGUCAUGUCAUGGAUGUGUCCGAGUAUUUCAUUUCGUGUGGAAUUUUCAAAGAAAUCUUAGAAUGCGUUCAAUAUUUGCAUGAAUUGAAUCCUCAGAUCAUUCAUAAGAAUAUAAAACCUGAGAAUUUUUUAGUUCAUAAUAAACUCGGACACAAAUUAUGUAUUAAAAUUAGCGACUUUUUCAUAAAUUGCACCAGGAUGACAAAUAGAGAUGAUAACUCAGUGAUAUAUGCUUCACCUGAAUUACUCUCUGAAUGUAGCAAUAUAACAUUUCAAACGGAUAUCUAUAGCUUAGGCGUAAUUGCCCAGGAGAUAUUUGAUUGCAAAUUUGAGGAAUCACCAACAUUACGAUUUGAUAAAUCUAUUUCAAUAAAUAUUCGUGAGCUAAGUAAAAUUAUACUGCUCAUGGUAAGUCCUAUUUAUGACGUGAGACCGUCAUGUAGUGAUAUAUUGGACAAACAAAGUGUCUGGGAAGUAAGCAUGGAAAGGCUUGUUAAUAGUUUAACCCCGGAACAAGCAACUGAAGCAAUCCAGUGCUCGUGUUUCAUACCGUUCUGGUCGGGUAUAGUUCCCCCGAAAUUCCACGGCAUUGCAUACAUGGACGGGGGCUUCAGCGACAACCUGCCCAUCAUCGACAAGAACACCAUAACUGUGUCGCCAUUCAGUGGCGAGUCGGACAUCUGCCCACAAGACGACACCUAUAAUCUAUUUCAAGUGAAUUUAGUGAACACAUCCAUUAUGCUGUCCGUCGGCAAUCUCUAUCGAUUGACACGAAUCCUAUUCCCCGCCCACCCGGAGGUGUUGAGCAAAAUGUGUCAGCAAGGCUUCGACGACGCCCUCAGGUGUUUGUCUUCAUUGUUGUAUUGUCUGACCCCUGAAGACAAGAUCGCGUGCACCCGAUGUCUGGCCAUUCAGUCGUCCUUCACGUUGGGUGAGGACGACGACAUGGAAGCGGAUAAUGACUACGAGAACAAUGACUCCGAUUCCGGUUACGAGAAUAAUACGUGUGGUGAUGGGGAACACCACUCGGCCAUCAAUUGUACCAAUUGUUCGGACUGUCAGUACAGGCGACAGAUCGCGGUCCUCGACUCGCUUCCCGACGCCGUAGUUCAAGCCAUUCAGGAGGCGUGCGAUCAGGUGAACAAAGGUGUGAUAAACUGGCUGUUCCGGCACCGGCCCAUGAAAUUGCUGUCAUUCCUAACCAUUCCAUACCUGUUGCCGAUCGACAUCACGAUCGUACUGUUCUGUAAGGUGUGGCAACAGGUGCCGGCCAUCAAACAGGAGCUCAAGGGCUCGCUUUACAACUUACUGUCGUUCCUGCGCUCAAUUGUGGUCAAAAUGGAGAGCAAACGGCACCUGUAUUCCGCCAAAUUCAGCUGCCAAUUGGCUGUCACCGAGUUUGACUACAGCCACGAGGACUGUCCCCAAGUGUACGCCCAGAAUGCCAGUCCCGUACAGCGCAAAGUGUCGACAAUCAAACUCCCGAAACGCAAACUCACGAACUCGUCAUCCAUUCCCAUAAACCCGACGCCGACGGCCCGAAAACUGGUGGAAAAGGCGCACAGUUUCUCGCCGGGAAGCGUCGCUAUGCGGAAGCGCAGUCUGUACGCCAGCGACGGCGCCGGCAUAUCGGCUACCAGUGCUCAGGAGUUGUUAGCUAUGAAAGCGCGGCAACGGUUGGAUCGUUUGCAACAACAGUCGGGUGGCGCCGGUCAUCAGCGCAAGUCAUACGCCGGCACUUAUGAGCAGAGAUUGGGCGGCAGUGCGGCCGAUGAGUGGCCGAUUGACAGGCGCCGGUCGAUGAUAGAGAUGGCGGCGCCCAGAGUUAAACCACCCGAACGAGUCAUUUCUAAAAUGAAUUUUGGAUUCAGUUUCGAUCUGAAGAAUAAGUCCAACGAAGAGAUCGAUUUCGAGCUCCGGGCGGCUGAGGCGGGCCUCGCGUCCAGCGCUCCCGAUUUGGAUCAAAACGGCGGCGCCAAUGGGAGCGGAGGAACGGGUGAUAAAGUGUUGGACGCCCUCAAGAGGCUCGAAGACAUUGAUCAGACGAACGCCAUUGAGAUCGCCAACAAAGCGCUCGACUGGGAGAGGGAGUGCCUACAGAAAUACCGGGAGUUCGGCGAGUGCGAGGGUACCGGCGCUGGCGAUGGCAGUGAUAUCAACAAAAUGAUUGAAGUGACCCAAACCCAGGAGGCGCUGAUGGCCUUCUACUACACCGACGAGAAUAAUCGGGUGAAAGUGACCGAAAUAUUUAACAUAAGUCCAGACGAUGACGGAAGUGGUGACACCACCGGCGCCACAGCCAGACAUUCGGCCGCCGAUGACGACGAGGACGGCCUCCGAGAGGAUCCGCUGCUGAGACACCAACAGUCGAGGUCUUCGCUGUCCUCGCAGUCGACCGUACCGUCCGCUCAAAGACGGCGUAAGAAAUCUGUUAUUCUUAUCGACUAAAAGCCAAAUAUUUGUUUCAAUUGUGUGUUUCACU